CACACCUGCGAUAGAGGCUCGAUAAAGCGAUAUAGUUUUGGUAUAAAUACUAGAAAUUUAUGAAUGAAUACAUUCGUCUCCAAACAGCAGACAAAAUGUACCGGUUCGUGGUCUCGUUCUCUGCUCUCCUCGCCCUCGCGGCUGCCAACACGACGCAAGUCAGCCAGUGUCAGCACACCCAGGCACCUCUGCCCAGCAACACAUACAUCCAGGGCUGCACCAGUCCACCGUGCGCACUGCCGCAGCUGCAGGAUGCCAUCGUUGACAUGGAGUUCGUGGCACCUCGCGAUAUGACCAGCAUGAGAACUCUCGCCACGGCGUACUUGAGGGUCGGAUUAGUAAAUCUACCCAUUCCUUACGACCUGGGCGCGAACUCUGAGACCUGCAACCAUCUGACCAACGCCUCCUGCCCCGUUGCAGCUGGACAGACUUUGGGUUACACCCUCAGGAUGUUCAUUGAAGCUUUCUUCCCAGUGGGUACUGAAGUCACAGUGGAGUUCCGUAUCGUUGACCAGAGCAACGCUCCCGUGGUGUGCGUCCGCGUUCCCAUCAGGAUUGUUUCUCCUUAAUCUGGUGCUUGCUGCAGAAACAAUUUUGCUUCAUCAUCAUCAUACCAGCCAUAAGACGUCCACUGCUGAACUGCCUCGCACAAUGACAAUGGAAAUUUUGCUUACAUAACAUAUAAUUAAUUCUUUAAGACCUUUUAGAACACAAUAUUGAAUAGAAAUAUGUAUCCAAGUUCUUCGUUGUCUUUUUUUAAAUAAAUACUCGCUUGCUGUUGUUAA